AUCAAUUAUUUUAACUCAAAACAGGAACAUUGUAUCUUUUUCAUAAUCAAUCAAAAAAUAAUUAAUCUAAAACAACGCAGCUAAACUUAAAUAAAAACCCCACCCCAAAAAACAUCUACAACAUUCAUAGCCACUCAUUUACCAUACUAGUGUUCCCCCAUGAGAUUUGUCUCCCACCGCCUCGCCUUUCUACUUGAACCACUCCAAGCCACUCGCGCUCUCCCCAUCCGAAAAACCUAUUCAAAACCUCCGAACGGCGUGAAACCUUGAACCUCGAAGCCCUAAUUAUCCUCCAAAAUGGCGACCAUGACCACCUCCACCCUCGCCGCCAAGCCCAAAACUCCCUUCCUCGACCACCGCCACUCCUCCUUCCACGGCCUCUCCCCCCCCUCCCACGUCUCUGCCGCCGCCGCUCGCUCGCCCGGCUCCUCCAGCCUCUCCAUCUCCGCCUCCACCGCCGACCCCAGGUAUGACCUCAACUCCAUCCGCUUCGAGCCCAUCAAAGAAUCGAUCGUCUCCCGCGAGAUGACCCGGCGAUACAUGACGGAUAUGAUCACCUACGCGGACACCGACGUCGUCGUCAUCGGCGCCGGCUCCGCCGGGCUCUCCUGCGCCUAUGAGCUCUCCAAGGACCCCUCCGUCCGUGUCGCCAUCGUGGAGCAGUCCGUCUCCCCCGGCGGCGGCGCCUGGCUGGGCGGCCAACUCUUCUCCGCCAUGGUCGUCCGCAAGCCCGCCCACCUCUUCCUCGACGAGCUCGAUCCCUACGACGAGCAGGACACGUACGUCGUCAUCAAGCACGCUGCGCUCUUCACCUCCACCAUCAUGAGCCGCCUCCUUGCCUGGCCCAACGUCAAGCUCUUCAACGCCAUGGCGGCGGAGGACCUCAUCGUGAAAGAAGGGAGGGUCGGCGGCGUGGUGACUAACUGGGCCUUGGUGUCGAUGAACCACGAUACCCAGUCGUGCAUGGAUCCGAACGUGGUGGAGGCCAAAGUGGUGGUGAGCUCCUACGGGCAUGACGGCCCGUUCGGAGCCACCGGUGUGAAGCGGUUGAAGGACAUCGGGAUGAUCGACUCGGUCCCUGGGAUGAAGGCCGUCGACAUGAACGCGGCGGAGGAUGCAAUCGUCCGCCUCACCAAGGAGAUCGUCCCGGGGAUGAUCAUCACCGGCAUGGAGGACGCCGAGAUCGAUGGCGCGCCCAGAAUGGGGCCAACGUUCGGGGCGAUGAUGAUUUCCGGGCAGAAGGCGGCGCAUCUCGCUUUGAAGGCAUUGGGGAGGCCGAACGCGUUGGACGGGACCAUCGGGACCGAGAAGGUGCAACCGGAGAUGGUGCUGGCCUCAUCGACGGACGGUGGGAAUGUCGUUGAUGCUUGAGUAGCUGUGAGGAAAAAUAAUAGAGGGAGAAGGGAAGGGUGGGGCUGUGGAUGAGGUGAGGGGCUGUUAUGUGUCAAUGUUGAGAAGUGAAAGAAACCUCCUCUGCGUCGAAACAAAGAAACCUUCUACAAAAAAA